UGGUCAGCGGCCCAGCAGCCAGUGCAAUUUGUGUGGAUGACGCGCUAGUGUGGCACGUUUUAACUCCGGAUCACGUGGUCGUCCGUUCUGCGGAUGCGACUUGGAAUUAUUUUCCGACCGAGCCGUUUCGGAGACGGCGCAUCGACAAGAGCACGCAUCAACGAUCAAUUACUUCCUGCUGGCGGCGACGCAGCCGUGCAUGGGCAACAAGGGGCAACGAGCCCGAGGAAGAUAGAGUGGUUAGGAGAGAGGCCGUCUGGGCUCGAGCGUGCGUCGGAGGCCCGGAAUCUCGGAUAGAUCCCGGGUUGGGAGGACCCGCAAUCUCUUCAGAGACGUUGCCUUCGCACCUUGACUUCGGCCCCCACGUCACCGAACCAAUUCUCCUCCUCAACACCCUCCGCCGUUGCGACCAUGUUUCGCACUUCAGCACGCCAACUGGCGCGCUGUUCGAGGCCAUCGCUAAGGUCAUUAGCCGGGCCGACAAUAUUUCGAGCCGCCCGCUUCCCUCAGAGCGCGCCCGCCGCGGCACUCCGAGCGGCCCGAUUCAAGUCGACGAACUUGCCAAGACCGGAUGGACCGAACGAGCACCAAGGCAACGCCUCGAGGAGUCCGAACGAUGCCGACACAACGAGCCAGGAGGCGGCGACCAAGCAACGGGCGCCUCCGCCCGGGUUUGUCCGUCUAGACGACGAGGAACUCGAGAUCCUCAGGGUCUUCAUGGGGACUCUCCCUACGAAGCAGCAGCGGGAGGAGAUGGGGGAGAUCUUCAAGGGGGUGAGGGAGAUUGGCGUUCCAGAAGAGCUUCGGGAUAUUCUGCGGGCCAGGAAGAACGGGACGCUUAGCAUGAGGGACGCUUUGAAAAUACCCCGGAUAGCGUACAGGAUGGCGGCGGAGCUCCAGAAAAACGAAAACGAAGUACCGGAUUUUACAUCGAACAAGCCGGGCGAGCAGGAGGAUGCCAGAGACCAGCGGGAAAGGACUGAAGAAGAAAAACAACAGGGCACCAAACAGCGAAAGGAGGCACAUGGACAACGGCAAAGGCAGCAGCAGCAGCAGCAGCAGCAGAAGCAGUCUGGCCAGCAAGGACAGAAACAACAAAAGGGCGCUCCGCCACCGCAGCCACCGCGCAAUUUCAGUGCGUCCGACCUCUUGACGUGGGUCAUUAGUGCGGCCGUCAUGUACCCUCUCACCAUGAUGUUCUUCCCCGGCGAGACGUCUCGCGAAAUCACAUGGCAGGAGCUCCGCCGGAACUUCCUGGACAAGGGCCUGGUCAAGAAGCUCACCGUCGUCGGGAACCGCGUACGGGUCGAGCUCUACCAGAACGUCGGGAUGCAGUUUUCCGAGUCCGGGCAGCCCGAUACAAAUCCCAACACGACGUACUAUUUCUCGAUCGGGUCCAUCGACGCAUUCGAGAGGCGGCUAGACGACGCCCAGGCCGAGCUCGGAAUCCCGCCCUCGGAGAGGAUACCGGUCAGCUACGCGCGCGAGGGCGUGGCGACGAAUCUCCUGAUGGCCUUUGGACCCACCCUCCUGCUCGUCGGCCUGCUCGCCUGGCUGUCGCGCAGGGCCGGCGGCGGCGCGUCCAGUGGCAUGUUCGGCUUCGGCAAGAGCAGGGCCAAGAUGUUCAACCACGACACGGCCGUCAAGGUCAAGUUUUCCGACGUGGCGGGCAUGGACGAGGCCAAGACCGAGAUCAUGGAGUUUGUCAGCUUCCUACGGACGCCCGAGCGGUUCCAGAGGUUAGGUGCCAAGAUCCCCCGCGGUGCCAUCCUGUCGGGACCUCCCGGAACCGGUAAGACGCUGCUCGCGAAGGCGACGGCGGGCGAGUCGCAGGUCCCUUUCUUCAGCGUCAGCGGUUCCGAGUUCGUCGAGAUGUUCGUCGGUGUCGGUGCGUCCCGUGUCCGGGACCUCUUCGCGACGGCGCGCAAGAACGCGCCGUGCAUCAUCUUCAUCGAUGAGAUCGAUGCCAUCGGCAGGUCCCGUUCCGACGGCGGCGGUUUCCGGAGCGGCGGUAACGACGAGCGGGAGUCGACGCUCAACCAGAUCCUGACGGAGAUGGACGGGUUUAACACCUCGGAGCAGGUGGUGGUCCUCGCCGGUACCAACAGACCCGACGUCCUGGACAAGGCGCUGAUGCGGCCGGGCCGGUUCGACCGACACAUCCACAUCGACAGGCCGACGAUGAAGGGCCGGCAGGACAUCUUCAAGGUGCACCUAAAGAAGAUCCUGACCAAGGAGGACAUGGAGUACCUGACGGGACGUCUUGCGGCCUUGACGCCCGGCUUCGCUGGUGCUGACAUUGCCAAUGCCGUCAACGAAGCGGCACUGAUCGCCGCCAGAGCCAAUGCACCCGAAGUCAAGAUGAUCCACUUUGAGCAGGCCAUCGAGCGUGUCAUUGGCGGCUUGGAGCGCAAGUCCCUGGUCCUCAGCCCGGAGGAGAAGCGGACAGUGGCGUACCACGAGGCCGGGCACGCCAUUUGCGGCUGGUUCUUUCGGUGGGCGGACCCGUUGCUUAAGGUGUCCAUCAUCCCGCGUGGGCAGGGUGCUCUAGGGUACGCGCAGUACCUCCCGUCCAGCGACGCGUACCUGAUGACGACCAACCAGCUCAUGGACCGCAUGGCCAUGACGCUGGGCGGACGCGUCUCGGAGGAGCUGCACUUCCCGACGGUCACGACGGGCGCGAGCGACGACUUCAAAAAGGUCACGCGCAUGGCCACUACCAUGGUGACGCAGUGGGGCAUGUCGGAGAAGCUGGGCCCGCUGCACUUCGAGAACGACCAGAACCAGCUGCACAAGCCGUUCGCCGAGUCGACGGCGCAGGCCAUCGACGCCGAGGUGCGGCGCAUCGUCGACGAGGCGUACAAGCAGUGCAAGGAGCUGCUCACGGCCAAGAAGAAGGAGAUUGGCCUGGUGGCCGAGGAGCUGCUCCGCAAGGAGGUGCUGACGCGCGACGACCUGGUCAGGCUGCUCGGUCCGCGCGAGUGGCCCGAGAAGGAGGAGUUCUCCAAGUUCUUUGACGGCCGCAACGGCCAGGAGAGCGCGCCCCCGCCCUUCCCGACCGAGAGCACAGAUUCGCCCACCGAGCCGCAACCUGCGUUGUUCGAGAAGAGCCCCGACGGCGAGAGGUGAGAGAGAGAGGCGGCGGUGAUGUGGGCAAAGAGAGAACCAGCCG